AUGGGCGUCCGAGCAGCUUUGGCAGUCUGUGGCACUUCGUUUCUUCUUGGGACUCUGAGCACUCAUUGGAUCGCUGAUUGGGGAACCUUAUGGCAGCCUCCGCUUACUGAUGCCCACUUGCGUACUUCAGCAGCAUACUAUCAUAUUCUUGCAUCUAUGGAGGGCGUCUUGACCCUCGUUCCUGUAGCUGUAGCUGGAUUAGGCGGGCUUGCACUGCUAUGGAGUUUCCGGGAUGGGCGGGCGGGGAAUUUAAUGUUUGACGGAGCCAGCAUAUUUCUGUUUGGCUCAAAUCGAGCUAAAAUCACGCACAGGCCUUACCCAUCUAUCCGACCACUUCCAUCCACGGUGUCAAGUAUUCCAAAAUCAACGAAAGAAGCAACGCUCAAUCUAGCAUCCUAUCACCUCGUGUGCAGCGUUGCUCUCACCGGAGUGUUAAUUCUUCAAGCAGCCCGAUACUGGGCUGAAUCUCCCGAUGGUGACGAGGGGAGCUGGGGUACCGAUGAUACCGCACCGGAGAGAAAGAUCCGACCUUCACGAAGGCACAGCGCGGGAGAAGAGCAAUCUACUCCUUCUCAGGUCCGAGAUUCGGUGUCCUCACGGCGAAGAGAUGGGAGCUUGCGCCGAAAGGGUCCGAAUCUGCACACGUUGACCGUCCCUGGCCGAACACGCGCCAAACGAGUGGCGACAGUUACACACACACAGCCUUCCACCUUCGUCGACACGAUGUCCUCUCGCUCGGGCUCCACCCCUGCCCCGAGCAUCAGAUCGACACCAGCCUCGCGUCGUCCGAUAGCUGCCAAUAUUUCUGGCCACGGACGUGUACAGACGCCGAGAGCUACUCCUCCGGUGGAAAGCACUCCCGGAAGCGUGACUCCCGAGUUACGGCCCCUGCCUCAUACUCAGAUUCAUCAUCAACGUUCUCCAUAUUCGCCUCAUGAGGCCUCUGCCGCCACGUAUCCUAGGUUUUUACCCGUUUGGGAGACUGCUAGGCUGCAGAUUGGGUUUUUCGCAAGAGGAUUGCUGGACGCGAAUAGGUGGGACCGCGUGAUAAAGAUAGUGCUCGAAGACGCCGAGGUUCGCUCGAAUGUCUUCAAGUCUCUGCUCUUGAACUCACUCUCAUUAGCGUCUAUUUAUACACUGGACCUGAUAUUCGUGCCCCUCUUGGCUGGGAAGCAAGACAAAUGGUUGCACAGGAACUUUGGCUCGUUGUAUACGGUAUUCUGGCUACUCCCUGUCAUCGGAGUCUCACUUUAUCUUAAUAGUACUUUUUCUAGCGGUAUUGCCAAACGGAUUUUCCAACUACAGCAUGGGAGAAGUGUUGCACCAGCACCAACAGGCUUUAGUGGGAUGCUCAACACAAUUGCUACUUCGGCCUAUCGUGUUAUCCUCAUAUUUUCAUAUGUCUAUCGUUGGCACUCUCAUACGUUCCUAUCAUUGGCUCGACUGCCGCUUUAUAUUCUUGGCAGGUUUUAUUGCUUCGAACCCGUGUGGAUUGCGAGCGGUAUGAGGCUAUCUGAACGGGUAAGAUAUGAAGAAGAGCGCUGGGCUUAUUUCUUAGCUUUUGGUCUGCCAUCGACUGCGCUCUGCAUGAGUGGUUCCAGUCUUGCCAACGCCGCAGUAUUUGCGCUUAUAUAUCCAGCGUAUAUCAUCAUGGCGACAUCACGGUCUACCAAACCUCAGCCAGAUAACCCAUACCAACCCAUCCCACCCUCGGAAUACGAUCCAAACCCGGCACCUAUCUUCCCAUCCCCCUUUGUACCAAUCCGAAUUCCCUUUUUUGCACCCGUGAUAUGGCUCAACGACCAAGUGGCCAAACUGCUCGACUUGAGCACUGGUGGAGGAAGGGGUAGAAGGGCAUCAAGUACAGGCCCAAGUAUCCAGAUGGAAGGUGUUGAAGAGGGAGUUGGAAGGGCUACAAGGGCGGGGUUUAGACUUCGCAAGGAGGCUCGGAAACUUGACUAG